AUGAGUGAAAACAGUCAACUGCAGACUGAAGUAAAGCAAUCAGAUAGUGCAGAGUCAAAACCAGACUCUGUAGUAUCAAAUAAUCAAGAUACAGAUUCCAAUAAUAUAUCUACUGAAAGUUCAAAAGAAUCACAUAAAAGAAGUUAUGAUGAAAUGUCCAAAGAAUCAGAUAAUCAAGUUAAAGAUGAAACAAAAGAGGAGGGUAUAGAUGAGGCAACAAAGACAGAAACUAAUGAAAAAUCCGAAGAGAAAAAUAUAGCAGAAAAUGAAGAAGAUCAAGAACAGCAACAAGAAGUAGAGUAUGAUGAAGAUGAGCUAGAUGAAGAUGAUGAAGAGGAAGAGGAAGAAGAGGUUCCAUCGAAAAGACAACGUCAUGAAAGAAAUAGAUUUUUGGAUAUCGAAGCUGAAGUUAGUGAAGAUGAGGAAGAAGAUGAAGAUGAAGAAGAAUCUGAAUUAGUCAGAGAAGGUUUUAUUACUCGUGAUGACGAGCAUGAUGAAGAAGGUCUUGGAGGUAGAAGAGAUGAUAGAUUACAUAGAAAGUUAGACAGAGAUUUGCAUAAGACAUCCGAAGAGGAUGCUCAACGUUUAGCUAAAGAGUUACGUGAGAGAUAUGGGAGAAGUAGUUCCAAGCAAUAUAGAGCAGCUACUCAGGAUGGUUACAUCCCACAAAGAUUCCUUUUACCAAGUGUGGAUACUGCCACAAUUUGGGGUGUGCGUGUUAGACCAGGUAAAGAAAAGGAGUUAGUUAGAAAAUUGUUGAAGAAAAAAUUUAAUUUGGAUAGAGCUAUGGGUAAGAAGAAGUUGAAAAUUUUAUCCAUUUUCCAAAGAGAUAAUUAUCAUGGUAGAAUUUAUAUCGAAGCGCCUAAACAAUCAGUAAUUGAAAAGUUUUGUAACGGUGUUCCAGAUAUUUAUAUCAGUCAAAAGCUGUUAAUUCCUGUCCAAGAAUUACCAUUAUUAUUAAAACCAAAUAAAUCUGAUGAUGUUAUUUUAGAAGAAGGUAACUAUGUUCGUAUUAAGAGGGGUGUAUACAAAGGAGAUCUUGCCGUUGUGGAUCAAAUCAGUGAAAAUAACUUAGAAGUCAUGUUAAAAAUUGUUCCACGUCUAGAUUACGGUAAAUUUGAUGAGAUUGAUAGUAAGACCGGCCAGCGUAAGGCUAGAAGGCCCACUUUUGCACAUAGACCACCUCCACAACUGUUUAAUCCAACUAUGGCUUUAAGAUUAGAUCAAGCUAAUUUGUACAAAAGAGAUGAUCAUCAUUUUACUUAUAAGAAUGACGAUUAUAUCGAUGGGUACCUAUAUAAAUCCUUUAAAGUUCAAUUUGUGGAAACCAAGAAUAUUCAGCCAACUGUAGAAGAGUUAGCAAGAUUCGGGUCAAAGGAUGGUAAUGUUGAUUUAACUAAUAUUUCCCAAACAAUUAAGAAGUAUCAGGCCUCUAAAGUGACAUUCCAACCAGGUGAUCGUGUGGAAGUUUUGUCUGGUGAACAAAGAGGUUCUAAAGGUAUUGUUACAAAGACUACUACUGAUAUUGCUACCGUGAAGUUACCUGAAUUCCCAUUAAAGCCAUUAGAAUUUCCAAUAUCUACAUUAAGAAAAAUAUUUGAACCUGGUGAUCAUGUUACAGUUAUUAAUGGUGAUCGUCAAGGUGAUGCAGGUUUGGUUCUUGUAGUCAGACAGGGCCAAGUUACUUUUAUGUCAAAUCAAACAAGACAAGAAGUCACAAUUACUGCGAACAAUUUAUCCAAAUCUAUUGAUUCAACACCCACUUCGAGUGAAUAUUCUUUGCAUGAUAUUGUUCAGUUAAGUGCUAAAGAUGUAGCAUGUAUUGUUCAAGCAGGUCAUGAUAUUUUUAAAGUUAUUGAUGAUUCGGGUAAAGUAAUUACCAUAACUAAAGGUUCCAUAUUAAACAAAAUUAAUACAUCUAAGCUACGUAGCGCCACAGUAGACAAUAAUGGUAAUGAAAUCAAAAUUGGUGAUACUGUGGUAGAGAAAUUAGGUGCUCGUAGAGAAGGUCAAGUAUUGUAUAUUCAUAAUCAGCAAGUUUUUGUUAUGUCUAAAAAAAUUGUGGAGAAUGCAGGUGUCUUUGUUAUUAACUCGUCAAAUAUUGACGCUGUUGCAUCUAAAGAUAAUUUGUUGCAUACACAGAUGAAUUUAAACAAGAUGAAUCCAGAGAUUAUGACCAGAAUGAGACCACCAUCUAUGGGUGUUGCUCAAUUGAAUUCACAACCAAGAAUGGGACGUGAAGUUGCUAUUGGUAAAACAGUAAGAAUACGUUCUGCAGGUUAUAAAGGUCAACUUGGUAUUGUUAAAGAUGUCAAUGGUGAUAAGGCAACUGUUGAGCUACAUUCUAAGAAUAAACAUAUCACAAUUGAUAAGCGUAAAUUAACUUAUUAUAAUCGUGAAGGUGGUGACGGUAUUACAUAUGAGGAAUUGGUCAGCAGACGUGGAAGAUUACCACAAGCCAGAAUGGGACCAAGUUAUGUCAGUGCUCCAAGAACUGAUGGUACUAUGCCUGGUGCAACUGGUCCAGAUACAUCUGCUUUAAGCAAUCCACUAUCUGGUGGUAUGACUCCUGGUUGGAGUGCAUUUGAUGGUGGUAAAACGCCUGCUAUACAUAGUCAACAGGCAGUGGGUUCAGCUUCCACAUGGGGUGGUGCGUCUACCUGGGGAGGUCAAGCGUCAGGUUCUACCUCCACGUGGGGUGGUGCUUCUGCAUGGGGAGGUCAAGGCGCGGGUGCCACAUCUACUUGGGGUGGAGCAUCUACCUGGGGUAAUAAAUCUGCUUAUGGUGGUGCUUCUACAUGGGCCUCUGGAGGUGAUAGUACAGGAGCGACAUCCACAUGGGGUGGUGCUUCGACCUGGGGUAAUAAGUCCUCUUAUGGUGGUGCCUCUACAUGGGGUAAUCAAAAUGUCCAAGGUGAUAAGUCUAACUAUGGUGGGAACAGUACAUGGGGCUCACAUUGA